AUGCGCUCCAAGUUCAAGGACGAGCACCCCUUUGAGAAGCGCAAGGCAGAAGCCGAGCGUAUCCGACAGAAAUACGCUGAUCGCAUUCCAGUAAUCUGUGAGAAGGUCGAGAAGUCGGACAUCGCCACUAUUGAUAAGAAGAAGUAUCUUGUUCCUGCAGACCUUACUGUCGGGCAGUUCGUCUAUGUUAUCCGCAAGCGCAUCAAGCUGUCUCCAGAGAAGGCUAUCUUCAUCUUCGUCGACGAGGUGUUACCGCCAACAGCUGCACUUAUGAGCAGUAUUUAUGAAGAACACAAGGAUGAAGAUGGCUUUCUGUACAUCACAUAUUCCGGGGAAAACACAUUCGGCGACCUUUAA